AUGGAAGAGAAUUUGCAGCAGAACGUUUCUGUGGAAAGAGCCCGCAAUGAAUUUCGAAAUUAUAUUGAAGAGCAUGAAGAACCGAUGCUUGUUGGAAACAAAUCCAAGGAAGGAAAAUUGAAUCGUAUGAAGAGUUCCUCGUCGACCCAUAAGAAAAAGGGACUGCGGAAUAAGUGUUGUGUGAUUUGUUAG